AUGAGCCCUCCGCAUGGUGAUCCACUUGCUGGUCCAUCAGGGCAGCAGCAACAGCAUCAACAUCAACAGAAUCAGCAAUCCGCUCACCAAUCUCAACCCCCUCAGCAACAGCAUAGUCCACAAGCUGCUCGCUCUGGGAUAUUUCCUGCUCCUCCCUUUCAUUUAGGAAAUAUUCUUCCUCCUCCUCCUCCUUCUCAGCACUUUUCCCGUAACAACCUUUCUGAGCCGUUGAGCAGUCCGGGCUUGCAUCAAUCGCAGCCUGGUUUUCCCCCGUACCACCCAGAAACUUUGCCGCCCCAACAGCCGCCGUCACAACAGCAGUCGCAGCAACUGCCAACAUCACAACCUGCUGUUGCGGAGGUAGUGAAUAAUAAUAGUAGGAAUCCGUCGGGGCCUCAGAUGUUUUCUCAAAAUACCCCACCUCCUUACGCGAAUCCGAUGUCGCCUUCCGUGGAUGGUGCGAAUGCAAGUAGAACUGCAAGCCUGUUGCAACUGCUGAAGUUUUCCCAGGCCGUCCCCGUUGCUCCAACUUCUGAAAUUUCACAGCCAGUAGCCACGCCGUCCCCACGCCCAUCUGUAUCAUCCCCCCCUCCUAUCUCUUCACAUACACAGCUGCAACAGUCCCAACCAUCGCAUAGCGGAGGUGUCUCGGCGUCGGACCUGGUAGCAUCUUUACUCGGUCGUCCGUCUGAACCGCCCGGUGGUUCGGGUUUGCGACAGGAGAAUAUCGCACCGGAGAUGCCGACGGAGCCAACGGUUUCUAAGGGGCCUUCGGAUCGUUUGUCUGCCGUGAACCCCCAGAAUCUCGUGCUUCAGUUGCUCGGGCGACCUAAACCCUCCCAGGACGAUUUGCCAAGCACUGGACCUGCUACGGCUCCUCGCAGCAAUCCUCCCAUGCCCGAACGUCACAUGAGCCAGGGGCCCGGCGACUUUGGCAGCCCGAAACAGUCACCCAUUCCUCCAGAGCCUCGCCCUAUGUCUGUUCCCCCAGCUGCGCCAUCUAAAUCACCACCGCCCUCUCACGGUGUAUCGAUGCCGUUUUCCAGUCCUACGCCGAGCAAAGGUUUGUUCACUCAUGUGAAUCCCUUUGAGCAAUUGCAUGCGACCAGCCCACGUAAUAGAACGCCUAGAAGCUCUACCACCCCUCUCCCCGCGAAUAACGGUAAGAGUGGCCUAGGUACCAGAGAGGUGAAAGCUGAGAAUGUUCCUUUGCCAUAUUCUUCUACAUCCUCCUUUGCCCAGUCGGAGAACUCUCCUGUGUCGGCUACAAUUGAAGCCGAAGCGGCCAAAAACGCUUCUACUUUGGACCAGGCUUUGAAGAACGAGGAAGAGAUGAAGGAUAACUUGAAUUCUGCGGUAGUUGAGAAUGCAGUUAAUGCGAGUGAGCAGCGGGAAAUGACCGAAUCGCCUAUUGGACAGCAGGAGAAUGAGACCCCCCCCGCUGCCAAUGGCACGUCUACUCAGGAGACUUUUGGUGAUGAGGAUUAUGAGAACAUUCCUCCUGCUCGUGGACAUCACGAAAAAGAGGAGGAUGAUAAUUAUCAAUCUGCAUCAGAGGCCCACGGUUCGCCCGUUCUCGUUUACAAUUUCCCUAUGAAGCCGUUUUCGUCAAUCACCAUCAAUCCCUCAACCGCACCACGCCCUAAGUUUCCAAUCUCGAAGAUUUCGGAUAUUGCUCGGAUGCCCAGGCUCUUUGAUCAACUCGAUCGCAAUCUUAUCGCCGCUUCGCAUCAGUUUAUUGUGUAUGCUAUUAGUAAGAGCCAUGGUCGCGGUGGAAUCAGAGUGCUCAGACAGUUUGAUGGGAAGGAUAAAGUUUUGAUGAAGGACAGCACCGACAGGACUUUCAACGUGACCAUCGGCAAUGGGGACAGGGUUCUUGGAACUGGAAUCUCCGGCGCCGUCGUCUGGGCUGAGCUCGGGGACUUUGAUGGACCAGACUGGAAUAACAUGUUUGUUUUCCCUCCGAGCGAGGAACAAGGUCAAAGCAACGGUGUCUUGAAGUCACGGGCUAGGAAAACGUGCAGACAGGCGGAAGUUUUUGCGAUCGGGAGGGGAAAAACCAUCAGCAUCAUCCAUGCUCCUACCGCUAAGGCAUAUGCUCAGGGGCGGAAGAAUAAUGAAGUCGCCUCCAAAAAAUACCUUGCCGAGCAUUCGCGCACCAUUGACACCGGCAAAGCCUCGAAAGAUUUUGCCUUUUCGGAUGACGACUCUGUAAUCAUUUCCAUUGACAAGGCUGGGAAGCUUAAGCUUUGGGAUGUUCAGGAACUCAUCGACUUUUCCAGUAAUGAUGCCUACAACUCUUUACAGCCGGCACCUGCUCCACAACCUCCUAUUGUCCUUACAAAUCCCAUUCUCAUGCUCUCGGCAGUGGCAGCGGGAGAGCCUUAUAGGGCUACUUCCGUCAUGUUUCUGGAUAAGUUCCGUCCAUAUCACAAGUGUUUGGCGUUAAGAUACGUCAUUGUUGGGAUGAAGCAAAAUCAUACGCUCCAGUUGUGGGAUCUUGCGCUCGGGAGACCGGUUCAGGAGAUUAACUUUCCACAAGAGAGCGAUACUGACGCAUUGUGUUCGGUUGCCUAUCACCCGACUACUGGCAUUAUCGUUGUCGGAAACCCUACCAGGAAUUCAAUCUACUUUAUCCAUCUCUCAGCACCCAAGUACAACCUUCCGCCCAUGUCCCAGGCGCAAUACAUACGGGGACUUGCUGUUAAGGAUAGCAGUAUUCCUAAGCCAGAUGCAACUGCUAUCCUCAGCGGUCUCAGAGAGUACUCGUUUGCUUCUAAGGGUCAAUUGAUGAGCUUGGAUAUCCUUGAUGGUGACGCCCAGGGAAGUCUUCCACCAUUGUUUGAGCUCUACGUGGCGCAUAGCAAAGGGAUGACCGCCUUGAAUGUUUUCAAAGAGGACUUGGGUUGGGAUGGUAAAAAUAGCGCCCAGAACCCAGUCGAUGCUGUUAAAGAAGGUAUAUGUACACUUUCAGCGAUGUCGCCACCACCUCCCCCAGAGAAGGACAGGGAUAGCGAUAAUAGCAACAGGAGCGAGAAGAGCUCCAAGUGUGAGAAGGGUAUUGAAAAGGUUGAGAAGCCAAAGGUACCCGAGAAAGUCAAUUCGCCUGAAGAAGUUGAAUCUGCCGAGAUGGCCGACAAAGUGGCUGACCUUCAGUUUGGGGCAACCCAAGGACUGAAGUCGGCUCCUCCUGAGAACGCGCCCAAGGGCCCCGCAAAGUCGAGAAGCGUUAGUCCUGGUGCCAGAGCCCCCGAUCAGGGUGAGGAAAAGCCGGCGGUUCAUAAUGGCAACACCAAGCGCAAGAGAAAGGACAAGGGUAACACACAGCAGUCAGGCCCGUCGGGUCCGUCCGACGAGAAAUCGGAUAAGACCAAGUCCGUGUCCUCUGAGCUUGCCAAGACGUUAAACAAGGAGAUCACAGAUUUGUAUCGCCGCAUUGAUGAAGAUAAGAGGAUUCAACAAGCUGCUGGUGAUGCUAAGCAAGAUGCUAUCCUUAGACUUCUGUCCAGCACUCUUACGGAUAACGUUGAACAGGUCAUUGGGCGCAUCGUCAUGACCAACAUCCAGCAGUCUGUCCUGCCUGCCAUCUCGAGUGUUACCAGUGCGGCUGUUGAGAGGAAGCUUGGGGAAAGCGUUUCGAGGUCUUUAGCGGCUACUCUUCCUGCUGAGCUUCAUGCCAUUGUUCCAGAGGCCGUGAAGAAGAUAUUCGGCCAGCCUGAGUUUAUGGCCAGGAUUGGCGAAGCCAUUUCUAGGCCGUUGGCUUACUCUAUGGAGCAGGAAAUUUCCAAAACCAUCUGCCGCUCUCUCCUCCCCGCUUUCAAGCAGCUCUCGGACGAAACCACCAGUAAGCUUGUUGCCGAUUUCGACAGGAAACAUAAUGAGACGAUUCAAGCUUUGGAGCGCGUACAUGUUCAGGAUACCCAGAGGAUUGAUCAGCUCACCAAUACUGUCAAGAGCCUCGUCGAUGUUGUCCAGGCCAUGGCUAAGUCACAGGCAGAGUUCCAGGACCAGGUGCAAAGGGCCCAAGCAGAGUACGUUCAGGCUUAUGAGCAGACUGGAGAACCAGAACCGGCGCCUAGGGCCCCUACUCCCCCUCCGCCCCCCACUCCGGACCAGCUGGAGGCGGAAGAGACUGAGAGAUUCUUGAGGAAUGGAAGAUACGAGGAGGGCACUAUCAAGUGGCUUCAAUCGAAAGAGCGUCAAGCGGAAUUGUUCGAUGAAGUGGUCGUCCGAUACAGAUACGAUUUCCUUCCAAACCUUAGCCAGCUUGUUCUCUUGUCGGUCUCUGCCGCUGUCAGCAUCAAGUUUGAGAACAAGGUUUAUGAGCGACUGAGCUGGCUUGAAGGUGUUCUUGCAGUUCUAGAUCCUAUGGACCCCGAAAUCCACGAGAUUUGUCACAGAAUCAUGGCGGUUGUUGUCCAACGACUGGAGCAGUUGUAUAUGAGCACUGCUGAGAAUAAUAUGGCCGAUCCCAUCCUUCGCAAAAUUCCACCGAUCGCUCGUCGAGCUAGGGAGCUGUCUUCCAUGGCUGCUUAGAUGAAGUCUGCUGCGCUUGAUAAUUCCCCUUUUCCAAUUUCCUAACACAACUUUCUUUUUUUUUCUUCCAUUACUCUGGUGGCACGGGGCGUUGGACAACGCAUAGUCUUGUUUUCACUUUCUUUUCGUUUUCCACGAGACCAUGUGUUUCCUCUUUUCGCUUGUUGAAUUGGGUCACGAAUGGUUGGUUGGUUGGAGGGGAUUCCAUGGGGGUGUAAAAGUACCAUUAUUAGGUUAGAUACUGGAUUGGGGGAUACUACGCAAAGCACAUGUUUCGGUGAAUUUUCGCUUUCUAUUUUCGUUACACCUUUUAUCUCCUUUCGCUUGGUCCUGAUUGUUUGUAUACUUGCUACUUUCCUCGUUCACGACUCUCUUGCGUUAGUCACGUCGGCUGUACUUGUAUAGUAAAGGCUAUGAAUGAAUGCAGCAAUAACGGUCUCUUAAUUGUGCGCAAAUCAGUUCUCUUAGAGCAGCCCGAGCAUACACUUUAGGUAGAGCAGGGCUUAUAUAUUUCUUUAUUUCCCUUA